CUCCUAGUGAUCCUCCAAAUAGUAGAAGCAUUAGAGGAAAAACUUAUCCAAAAUGGGUCUCAUGAAAGGAAAGAGUGCAACUCUUUUUCUCUUCUUCAUCUUAGUCUCUUUUGUUUCACUCUCACUCUCAGGUGCUCAAAGGAAGUUAAUGAAUGAAUUUGUUGGAGACAAGGUCGCAACAAAGGAUUCAAUGGAGGAGGUUUUGGAUGAUGAAGCAAAAAUUGAAGUUCACCCAAGAAUGCUUAUGGUGAAGACAAAUGAUUAUGGAAGAUACAAUCCAACUCCAUCUCUUUCAAAGCCGCCUUUCAAGCUUAUCCCUAACUAAUCAAAAUUCGUUUCUCGAGCUCUCGAGAGCGAUUAUAGCGCGGCACAUAAGUUUCUCUAUAUAUAUAUGUAUGUGGGUAUUAAAUACAUGACAAGCUAUAUGUACAACUAUAGAUAUGCAUGUAGUGAGUGAGAGAAUAUGUGCACUAGGUUUUUGUAAUAUAUAUAUAUAUAUACUUGCUCUAUGUGGUGUCCUUGAUGUUGUAUUACACCUAAAGAAAUAUACUUAGUAGUGUUGUUAUAAUUA